CAGUACCACUCCUGGGCCGGGGAGUAUGGGAAACAAAGUUGUGUGAUCCCGGGAUCCGGGGCGAGAGGCGGUGGGGUAAGGGACGACGCUGGCUGGGUGGCUCCCCGCCGCCCGCUCACACAGCGAGCCUCCGGCCCCCGCGCGCCCUGCCUCGGGGACUGACCUCCCCCCAGCCAACCCUUUGCCUGCGCCAGGCGCGCUCUGGGGACCCCCGACGGGGCCCAUAGUUUGCUGAGGGACCUGGGUCUCUGGAGUGGCUUGCUGGUCUCGUCUUCCCCUUGCCUAGUCUCAUUUUUGAAGCUCUCCCAAGCCAUGUCCAGACCCUCCCUCAUCACCUUCACCCCAGCCACUGACUCCAGUGACUUCUGGAAAGAUGGGCAGCAGCAGUCACAGGCUGAAGAGCUGGAGCCUACCUUGGAUGGGGCUGCGGCCCGGGCUUUCUAUGAGGCCUUGAUUGGAGAUGAGAGCAGCACCCCUGAACCUCAGAGAUCACAACCUGAACCUGCCAGUGAGAGAAAGAGGAAGAAGAGAAGAAUGAUGCGAGAGGCUGCAACAGAAGCAUCAGGAGGACAUGGUCAGAGGAGAUCCCUUGAGGCUGAGGACAAGAUGACUCAUCGGAUACUGAGGGCAGCCCAGGAGGGGGACUUGGCAGAACUAAGAAGGCUGUUGGAUCCCCAGGAGGCAGGGGGAGCUGGGGGGAAUAUCAAUGCUCGGGAUGCCUUCUGGUGGACCCCCCUGAUGUGUGCUGCCCGAGCAGGCCAGGGGGCUGCUGUGCGCUAUCUCCUGGGCCGGGGUGCUGCCUGGGUUGGAGUUUGCGAGCUGGGUGGCAGGGAUGCUGCUCAGCUGGCUGAAGAAGCAGGCUUUCCUGAGGUGGCCCGCAUGGUCAGAGAGAGUCAUGGAGAGACGAGGAGUGCGGGGAGCAGGUCCCAAUCCCCGUCCACCCAGUACUGUGAGACCUGUGAUGCCUACUUCCAAGACUCUAACCACUGCACAUCUACUGCUCACCUGCUGUCACUGUCCCGCGGUCUCCGGAACCCCAGUCUGCACUUUGGGAUGCCUACCUCCAGCCCAGGCUUCAAGCUGCUGCUGAGGGCAGGCUGGGAGCCUGGAAUGGGUCUGGGACCCUGGGGCAAGGGCCGUGUCAACCCCAUCCCCACUGUUCUCAAGAGAGAUCAGGAAGGGUUAGGGUACAGAUCAUCAUCCCAACCCAGAGUCACACACUUCCUGGCUCAGGAUACCCGGGCAGUGGCUGGGAGGGAGAGAGCUCCUCAGGCAGCCACACUGAGCAGAAGGGAGGAGAGAAGGCAGAAGGACAAGGACAAGGCCUGGGAGCGGGAUCUGAGGAUAUACAUGAACCUUGAGUUCUGACCUUGGCCAAGUCUGACACUGGACUUCAGCCUGAACUUGUGCGUCUGACCGGGCACUUUGAGUUACACUUCCUGGUGUCUGCUCAAGUCCCAGACACUCAGAUUUUUUACCUUUGAGAGAGGGGCUGAGAGUUGAGAAAUAAACCAAUCAUCUCA